AUGGGGAUCUUAGGGUACAAUGAGGUAACAUAUUACUACCACCAAAGGCAUUUUCUCUUUCCUUCCAUUGUUCUAUAUUGGCAGUCCUACCAGAAAAAGAUAUUGGAAUCUCAGAAAGGAAAAGAAGUUGUUUUAGCUGGAGAUGGACAACAUGACAGCAUGGGGCAUUCGGCAAAGUAUGGAAAGAAAAUUUGCAAAAAACUUAAAAAAAAAAAAUUUUGAAAAAAUAAUUGAAAAAAUUUUCGCGGUAAAUCACCUAUUAUCUCCCAUUUGACCCCCUAAACCCAUUAAACUGCUUCCUAUCCUAUUGUAGAAAACAAAAGCAACAGUGUAUUAAAAAAGUUCGCCUAAAGUCACUUAUUUGGACCGCAUUAAAUGUAAGUUUGUAAUAAAUUUUCAUAAAUAUAUGCUUUUAACUAACCCUAGUCGCUAAUGGAAUGGUUUUUUAUUACAAAACGAACUUAAAAGGUCAUGAAUUAUGCAUAUCCAAUUUCAUGUAAUUUGAUAUUAAAAAUUGCACCUCUGACCUCUUAAAAAAACUGGAUGAAAUUUGAAAAGAAAAAAAAAAAAAUUAAAAAAAAUUUUAAAAAAUCUUUAAAAAUCCUAAAAUAUCUUCUUUCUUCUUUAGAUGGCAGAUUUCGUCUUUCAAGAAGAAAAUCCGCGUUUUCUUCAGAGAAAUGUCGAAGAGGAAGAUGUCGAUAUAGAUCAUCUUGCCAUAAACUUACCUGUUGAUGACGAGCGAACAGAAGAAGUUCUAAAGUCAUUCAUAGGCAACGCAGUCAACCUUGGAACACGAAAAGGCCAAACAUGGCAUCGAGAAACUUGGAACUUCCUGAUCCUCGCUUGGAACCCGUGUAUUAUUCUCACUAUGCUGUGUAAUGUUGUCCGCCGCCAGUUAUGUGAUUACUUCUCUCACCAUGGCCAUGUUGUCCUGCCUGCUGGAGAUGAUGCAAGUCACAUUAUAAUCGGCCAUACCAAACCCAUACCCACUCCCACGUUCAUCGCCGGCCUCCGACACGCAGGUGUCGGUUUCAUACGAAUUAUAAACUUUGGGAUGAAACAACCACUUAACCAGCUACCUCCCUUACCCAGAGACCUUCUCCUUUGCGCAGCAACAAACAGCGGAUAUCCCGAGAACGAGUACGACAUUUCUGUUUCCCACAGAGACCCAUUCUUAUACCUUUUAAAGUCCUUUGCUCCUUACCCUCCAGGCGUCACCGUCCACCAAUACCCCAUCCUGACACCCCUGUCGCCUCUUUCCUCUCCCGUAACCACCCGCCAAGGUUCAGCCCUUUUCAACACCCUAAAUUCCAUUAUGAAUGUUCUAUCCGUUAAUCAUCAUCACCUAGUCGGUGGCAUCCGUCUCGAAGUAAGAGUUCGAAUGAACCACGUUUCUGAUGCUGUGGACCACGUGCUGGAAAGGCAGUAG